CGUGGUGGAAACUGGAAUCCGUUACCCAGUACCACUUUUAGACCCGAUAAACUGAACCGAUUUCUGCCUAUAAUCGGAUUCUUGCCCGUCCUUUAAUCGGAUUACAUCAGCCCCCGCAGCCGCAGGCCCCGACAAAUCAUUCGUUCACGUUUGCAGCAGUCAGGCGUCAGCACCAGCUCGACUUGAUUCUCUCUUCUACUCCAUCUUUAAAGCCCUAACCCUACGUCACUCUCACUCAUUCGCAGUUCGCACACUGAAACCUCUUUCACAGCGUCUCAUCCAUCAAUGGUGAUCUGCAACUAUUCUCACUUCAAAUCCAUCUCCAUCACUCCUUCAACCAACCGUUGCAGAUACGAUACCUCCACCCCCCGCGUCCCAACUUUCAGAUGUAACAGUACCCUGAACUCAACUCAGCUGAGAGCCGAACCAGAACCGGUCUUCACCUCCGUCAAAUCAUUUGCACCCGCGACCAUCGCAAACCUCGGCCCUGGCUUUGAUUUCCUCGGGUGCGCCGUCGACGGACUCGGCGAUUUCGUCAACUUGCGCGUCGAUCCAGAUGUUUGCCCCGGCGAAAUCUCAAUCUCCGACAUCCAUGGCACCGGAACUAGCGUCAAGAAGCUCAGCAAGAACCCCCUCUGGAACUGCGCCGGAAUCGCCGCCAUCUCCGUAAUGAGAAGGCUCGGAAUCCGAUCCGUCGGUCUCUCACUCUCCCUCGAAAAAGGACUACCCCUAGGAAGUGGCCUGGGAUCGAGCGCCGCAAGUGCCGCCGCCGCCGCCGUAGCCGUUAACGAGAUUUUUGGCGGGAAACUGCCGGUGUCAGAGCUCGUCCUCGCUGGGCUUGACUCAGAGCAGAAGGUCUCCGGUUAUCACGCUGAUAACGUAGCACCGGCGAUUAUGGGAGGGUUUGUGCUGAUUCGCAGCUACGAACCACUGGACAUAAUCCGGUUGACAUUUCCGACGGAAAAGGAGCUAUAUUUCGUUCUGGUAAGCCCGGAAUUUGAAGCUCCGACGAAGAAGAUGCGAGCGGUGUUGCCAAAGGAGAUCCAAAUGUCGGAUCAUGUAUGGAAUUGCAGCAAAGCAGGGGCGCUGGUGGCGUCGGUGUUGCAGGGGGACUUGAGGGGACUGGGCUCGGCAUUGUCGUCGGACAAGAUUGUGGAGCCAAAGCGGGCGCCGCUAAUUCCUGGAAUGGAAGCGGUGAAGAGGGCAGCAAUGGAGGCUGGGGCGUUUGGAUGCACGAUUAGUGGGGCCGGGCCUACUGCGGUGGCGGUGGCGAACGAUGAAGAGAGGGGGAGGGAGAUUGGGCAUCGAAUGGUGGAUGCUUUCAUGAAUGACGGAAAUUUGAAGGCUUCUGCUGUGGUGAGCAAACUGGACCGAGUUGGUGCCAGGGUUAUCAGUAGCAGCUCCAGAUGAGAACAGAGGUUUGUUAAUCUCCUUCUUCGCUUGUAAGUUGUAAGAGGUGAGUGAAGGGAGGUGAAGAUUCUGUUUUGGAUUUUGGAUUCUGUGAAAACCAUAAACGCUAUACAAAGAGAAGUAAACCGAUUUGUUUCUGGAAUUUCUUUCAGUUGGUUAACUUCUUUCUUGUUGCUUAAAUGGAAUUUCUUGAGUUGGUUAAAACAUUAAAAAACCUGAGAUGGAAUUUGGCAGUUUCAAA